AUGGAUAAUACAUACCUCUAUCCUAUCGGUAUGGGAGCUUACCACACUGGUGUUUGUAUCUUUGGUAGAGAAUACUCAUUUUGUGAUGGUGGAAUAUUUGAUACACGUCCUAAAGAUGUAGAAGCACCAUUUAGAACAUCAAUUAAUAUGGGAAUAUUUAGAGGAAAUUAUAAGGAUUUGCAGUAUAUAGUUGAUUCACUUCGUUCAGAAUUUGCACCUGGAACAUAUAAUUUGUAUAAUAAAAAUUGUAAUUGUUUUUCAAAUACACUUUGCCUAAAAUUAGUACAACAUCCCAUUCCAACAUGGAUUAACAGAAUGGCUUGGUAUGGAAAUCAAUUUGAGAAAUUCUUUGGAAUAGGUCCUCAAACUCAACAAAGUACGCAAAUCACCCAUUCUACCUCUCAAAUUCCAUCUUUUGGACAUAAACUAUCAGAAACACCUUCAUCACUUCCUAAUAACCCUGAAGAAAGAAGACAAAUGAUUAUAGAACAAUAUAAGAAAACAGGAAUAAAAUAA